CCAGCUAUCUGCCAGCAUCAUGUUGGACUUACACGGACGGGACAAGAAAGAAAAAUAUAAGUCUAGUCAAGCCACACCACAAGGCACUGGGGGAUGCUACAGCACUCUGAAUUUCCAACCAUUUUAAGGAUAUUUGACCUCAGAGAAGACAUUUUGUAAUUGUAACAUUUUGGAGCCUUCCAUGUCUCCAUGACUGACUGACCCAGCAAAGAAGACUCAAGGUGCAAACCAUGGAUCAAGAUUUGUUCGGAGGGGCCCCCAGGUUCCUCACCCGGCCCAAGGCGUUCUCCGUGUGCGUCGGCAAGGACGCCACGCUGAGCUGCACCAUCGUAGGCAGCCCCGCACCGCUCAUCGCCUGGGAGAAAGAGAAGCUGAGGCUGACAUCCGGGGGACGCUUCAAGACCGUGGAGGACGGCGAUGUGUACCGUCUGACCAUCUAUGACUUGGCGCUGGAAGACAGCGGUCAGUACCUGUGCAGGGCCAAAAACAGCGUCGGGGAGGCCUACGCUGCCGUGACCCUUAAAGUGGCCCUUCCAACAGAAAUGACUCCCAGGGCUCCCGUUUUCAUGCUCAAGCCCACCUCGGCACGUGUGGGCUUGGGCGCAGAUGCCGUGUACCACUGCAGAGUGGUCGCUCACCCCGAGGCCAACUUCGACUGGGAGAAGGAUGGCCGCUACCUGGGCGAGUCCAACCGCAUCAAGAUCUCUUCGGACCGCGACAGCAGCAGCUUGAAGAUCCUGAGCGUACGCUACCUGGACAGUGGCACGUACACCUGCAGGGCCCAGAACACUUUGGGCCGGGCGCACGCCACGGCGGCGCUGGUGGUGGACGCCCAGGAUGCCCACUUGCUCGCCACGGACAACCACACCUCUCUCCUCUCUCACCUCCAGAAGCGCAAAGAAGAAAUGAAGAAGGAUAUAUCUGUCUUUCACACCGAGGACAGCGCCACCUCUGCCAAAAUCACGGACGGUUUGCGUUGUAUGAGUCUGGAGCACGAUGUGAGGUCGUCGGUGCUGGCUAUGCUGCCCAAGGGCGUGUUCACCCGCACCUGCACUGUGACGGAGGGCAAGCACGCCAAACUCAGCUGCUUUGUGACAGGUCACCCCAAGCCCCACAUCAUCUGGAGGAAGGACGGAGCAAAUAUUAGCGAGGGCCGCCGCCACGUCAUAUACGAAGACCACGCGGAGAACUUCAUCCUCAAGAUCCUGUACUGCAAGCAGAGCGACAACGGUUUCUACACCUGCAAUGCCACCAAUAUGGCCGGUCAGACCUACAGUGCUGUGCUGGUAACAGUCAAGGAGCCAAAGGUGCCAUUCAGGAGGAAACUUCAAGACGUGGCGGUCCAAGAGAAAACGUCGGCCACGCUGAUGUGCGAGGUGCCGCUGACCGGCAGCCGGGCCGACUGGUUCAUGGAGGAAACGCGUCUGGAACAAAACGCCAAGUAUCGCAUGGAGGAACAAGGCACCCUGCGUCGCCUCACCAUACACAACGUGACCACCAACGACGACGCCGUUUACAUCUGUGAGAUGAAGGAGGGCAGCCGCACGGUGGGCGAGCUCACCGUCCUGGGCAACAUUACGAAGAAGCUUCCUCGGAGGACGGUCGUUCCCGUCAGCGACACUGUCAUCUUCUGCGUGGAGCUGGAGCAGCCCUGUCCUGACACCUACUGGACCCGCAACGGAGACAAGUUAAAGGCGGAUUCGCGUAUUGCCAUGGCUUGUUUGCUCCGACAGUACACGCUCACCAUUCGAGAGUGUCAAGCUGACGACUCGGGAGAAGUGGCCUUUGUGGCUGGAGACUGCAAGACAUCCACGCGAUUCUCUGUCACCGCGGCAAGGAAGCAUCCUCCUGAUCCCCCAGUUGAUGCUGUGGUGCAGAACAAGACCGACUCAUCCAUCACCCUUCAGUGGUCUCCUCCGGACAGCGACCGCCCCGUGCCUAUCAAGGGCUACGUAGUGGAGAGGAGGAAGGUUGGCACUCAGACCUGGCAAAGGUGCAACGCCGGACAGACGAUUUUGUCAACGGAGAUCACAAUCUGUAACUUCACAGAGGAAGCCACUUUCCAAUUCCGUAUCUCUGCCAUCAAUGACUUUGGUCAGAGUGACUACCUGGAGGUGCCCGGAAGCUUCUACCUUGAACCCACUGCCGAAAUCAGAAAAGGCCUAGUGGACAGCACCGCAGUCUCCGGCGAAGAGUUCUCCAUCUCAGUGGAGCUUUCAGCCCUGUGCUCGGGCUUCUGGUCUCUAAAUGGCCGCCUGCUGCGCAGCGGCGGCGACUACCUCAUCACCCGCUCCAAGAACACGCACACGCUGCUCCUCCGAGAGGUCGACCUGGACACGAAUGGAGCAGAAGUCAAGUUUGUGGGCGGAGGCUCGCAGAGUAGUUGCAUCUUAGCUGUCAAGGCGCCGCCUGUCCGGUUCACUAAUAAGUCAAAUCGGCAAGAGGUGAUCAUCUGUAGUGCCCAAGCCACCGCUCAGAUGACGGCUGAGGUGUCAGAUUACAAUGCACAGGUGGUUUGGAUGAAAAAUGGGCGAGAGGUAAAAAUGGGCAAAAAGUACGAAUAUGUGACCGUGGACCGCAGGAGGAUCCUGAUGGUACACAACGUUACAGAGGAAGAUGUGGGCGUCUACGAGUGUGCUUGCGCCGAUGACACAAUGUCCAUGCAGCUCACUCUUAAAGAUGAACCUGCCAAGUUCCUGAACAAGCCCAGAGGUCCCAUGGGCCUAGCGUCCUCACUCAAAGGAGAUCUUGAGUUGAGCUGCGAGGUUUCUCCCGCCAGCACAGCGGUCGUGUGGAGAAAAGAUCAGGUGGUGAUCUUCGAGGACCAAAGAACUACCAUCAUCUCCAAAGGAACCCUAAGGAAACUCAUCAUCAAGAAUGCAAAAAAAAGCGACGAGGCUCAAUACUCCUGCGAGACAGCCACUGACAAAGUCACAUUCCAGGUCAAGAUUAAAGAAUCUCCAGCCCAGUCUGCCUUCUCCGACAAGGAGUCAGUGCAGAGCGAGGUGAAAGUAGCUCUCUCCCAAAAAGCCAUUCUUGGUUGCAGCGUGUCAGACAGCAAGACAGAGGUGAAAUGGUGCAAAGACGACAAGCUGCUCAUAUCCAGUCGGACCAUUUACACUGAAAUCAAAGGCAACAACCGUCAACUGGUGAUCGACAGUGUGGAGAAGAGUGAUGCUGGAGAGUACACCUGUGACGCUGGAGGAGAGAAGCUGGUCUUUAAAAUAACUGUGCCUGACUCCCAGGCAGCAUUCUCGAACAAAGAAAUAGUCCAGAGGGAAGUGACAGCCACUCUCUCCGAGAGAGCUGCUUUGAGCUGUGAAGUGUUUGAUUCCGACGAGGUGGUGAAAUGGUACAAAGACGGGAAGCUGCUUGAAUCCAGCAAGACAAUACAUGCUGAAACAAAGGGCAAGAGUCGUCAGCUGGCGAUCGACAGCGUGGAGAAGAAGGACGCUGGGGAGUACAUCUGUGAGGCCGGGGCAGAGAAGCUGGUCUUCAAGAUCCAUGUGACUGAGCCUCCACAAGCCUUCGUCAACAAAGAGUCUGUCCAAAAGGAGGUGAAAGCAAAUCUAUCCCAAAAGGUCACUCUGAGCUGUGAGGUAGCUGAGUCCAAGACAGAGGUGAACUGGUACAAGGAUGGAAAAGCCCUUGUCAGUAGCAAGACAAUUCGUGCAGAGUCCAAGGGGAAGAGUCGCCAGCUGGUGAUCGACAGUGUGGAGAAGAAGGAUGCUGGAGAAUACAUCGGUGAAGCCGGUGCUGAGAAGUUGAUCUUUAAACUCCAGGUGGCAGAUGUUCAAAUCAAGCCGGUCUUCUCCAACACUGACUCAGUUCAGUGUGAAGUGAUUGCCUCCUUGUCCCAGAAAGCUGUUCUGACCUGUGAGUUGUUUGACAGCAAAACAGAGGUAAAAUGGUACAAGGAUGGCAAAUUGCUGGCCUCCGGUAAGACAAUACACGCAGAGUCCAAGGGCAAGAGCCGUCUGCUGGUGUUUGACAGUGUGGAGAAGAAGGACGCUGGAGAGUAUGUCUGUGAGGCUGGAAGUGAAAAGUUGAUAUGCAGGAUGCAGGUGGCAGCAGUUCAAGCCAAGUCAGCCUUCUCCAACAAGGAAUCUGUUAUGAAAGAGGUGAAAGCUUCUGUCACUCAGAAAGCCUCUCUGAGCUGCGAGGUGGCGGAUCUGAAGGCCGAUGUAAAAUGGUACAAGGACGGGAAGCCGCUGUCAUCAUCCAGCAAGACGCUUCAUGUGGAGUCGAAGGGAAAGAGUCGUCAGCUGGUGUUUGACAGUUUGGUAAAGGAAGACGCUGGGGAGUACAUCUGUGUGGUUGGAACUGAGAAACUGACCUUCAACAUACAGGUGGCAGAUGCCCCUCGUGGUUUCUCUAAUAAGGACUCUGUCCAGAAGGAGGUGGCAGCCAUUUAUACUAAGAAAGCCACAUUGUGCUGUGAGGUCGCCGAUCCCAAAAGUGAGGUGAAAUGGUACAAGGACGGCAAGCUGCUCGCUUCCAGCACGGCGCUCCACAUGGAGACAAAGGGCAGGAGUCGGGAACUGGUCAUAGAAAAAAUGGACAGAAAAGAUGUCGGGGAGUACACGUGUGAGGCUGGAUCGGAGAAGCUGAUAUUUAAGCUGCGGAUGGCAGAUGUGCCUGCCAAGUUCCAGGAGAAGCUCAUCAAGGACGCAUGCAUCAUUCAAGCUAGCGAGCACAUCGUUUUGACCAGCGAGCUGACUGCAGAGAGCAGCUGCAGUGUGAGGUGGUUUAAAGACGGCGUGGAGCUCAAGGAGGGCGGCAGGUACCAAAUAAAAAAAGACAGCCUUACUCGCACGCUUGUCGUCACAUCCGCUGAAUCCAAAGACAGCGGCGUGUACUCCUGUCAGACCGCCGACGACAAACUGGAGUUCGACGUGCAGGUCAAAGGCGAAGCUUUGAAGUUUGUUGUCCCGUUGAAAGCCGUGACAGUCGACUUGGGGGGCGCUUUAAAUCUGACCUGCGAGUUGAACCGAGCCUCGGGCCAUGUCCUAUGGCGGCGCAAUGGUUCCGAGGUUAAACCCAGUGGCAGGUUCUGUAUCAAGACGGACGGGGUGAGGCGGGUCCUCAUAGUGACUGGCAUGACUAAGGAAGACGAAGGCGAAUACAGCUGUGAAUGUAAAAAUGACAAGACCUCUGCCAAAGUCUCCUCAAAAGCUCCCAGAUCCGUCAGGCUGACUUCCAAACUCAACAAUGUGGCCGCAAUGGAGGGAAAAGACGCCGUGUUCAAGUGCACCGUCAUCCCAGCUGACGCGCUUGUCAAAUGGUUCCACAAUAAUGUUCCUGUCGCUCAUGGUGCCAAGUAUAAGAUCGAGCACGGUGGCAACAGCCACUCGGUCACCAUCACCUCCGUCAGCCAGACGGACGCCGGGGAGAUCAGCGUGGACGCCGAAGGGAAAAGCUGCAAGGCGAUGCUUCAAGUGCAACGUGAGCCGGUGACAUUCAAGCAGAAGCUGGAGAACCUGACAGUGGAGGAGCAGAGCGAGGCGAAGAUGGAGGUUGAGCUGAGCAAGCCAUCAGACGAAGUCCACUGGAUGAAGAACAGCGUCAAGUUGCAGACUUCGGCGAGCGUGGAGGUCCGAGUGGACGGAGCCAAGCGGGCGCUGGUCUUCAAGAGCGUGACUUGCGCCGACCGCGGCAUCUACUCGUGUGAAACCCUCGAUGACAGAACCCAGGCCAAGCUCACCGUGGAGAUGAGGAAAGUGGAGCUGAUCAAAGGUCUCAGAGAAACACGGUCACACGAGACAGAGACCAUCAGCCUCGAGGUCGAGCUCAGCCAGGCGGAUGUUGAAGGCUUGUGGACCCGGGACGGCAUCAAGUUCAAAUCGGGGCCCAAUGUCUGUGUCACAGCUCUGGGAAAGAAGCACAGCCUCACCUUGUCAAAUCUAACCAGAGGAGACGCAGGAACCAUCGGAUUCCAAGCGGAAGGCGUCCGGACUUCCUGCAAACUCAUUGUUACAGAACCUCCUGCCAUGAUUUUAAAACCUCUUGUGGACAUUAGCGUUGCUGAGAAGGAGAAGGUCACUUUGGAGUGUGAAGUGUCCAGAACAAAUGCAGAUGUAAAAUGGUUAAAGGAUAAUGUAGAACUGAAACCAGGGAAGAAUUACAGCAUUCACUGUUUGGGUCGAAAACGCACCUUCAUCAUCAACAAAUGCGCCCCCGAAGAUGCAGGCACUUACAUCUGUCGCACCGAUGAUGACAACACUUGUGCCAAGAUCUCCGUCCAUGCCAGAGAUGUUAAGAUUGUGAAGAAGCUGGAGGAUGUGGAGGUGAUGGAGAAGGAGAGCGCUGCAUUUGUCUGCGAGGUCUCACACGACGAGGUCGAGUGCCAGUGGUACAAGCGAAGCACGAAGCUCAGAGUCGGCGACAACGUCAAGAUGAGACAAGAAGGCAGGACCUAUGUGCUGCUGUUUAAAAGUGUGUCCCCAGCAGAUAUAGAGCUGCCCGUCAAGUUUGUGAAGAAACUGCGAGAUAAGAUAGCCAUUUAUAAGCACCGUGGCCACCUGGAGUGCCAAGUGUCACGUGCCAGCGCCCAGGUCAAGUGGUUCAAAAACAAGACAGAGCUCAAACCUGGAAAGAAGUACGAGAUCAAAAGCGAGGACGUGUACCGGAAGCUCACCAUCAACGAUGUGGAUGCCGCAGACGAAGACGUGUACACGUGCGACGCCUCUGAGGACAAGACGUCCUGUAAACUGCUUGUGGAAGAGCAAUCCAUAAGCAUUGUGCGGGAGAUGAGUUCCGUCGAGGUAACGGAACCUUUCGCUGCAGUCUUCGAAGUUGAGAUCAGCAUGGAAUUGGUGAAACCACCCGUAUGGACUCACGGAGGUGUCGCCGUCAAGGAGAGCGCCGAUGUCGAGAUGGAGACAGAGGGCACGAUGCAUCGCCUCACGUUCAAAAAGACCAAAGCGUCCAUGACGGGCCCCGUGCAGUUCACAGCCGGCAAGAGCAAGUCCCUAGCGCAGCUCACAGUCAAAGAGCGUCCCCUUGAGGUUGCCGAGCCCAUCAAAGACGUGAAGGCCAAGGAGAAAAGCUCCGCCAUGCUCACAUGUAAAUUCUCCAUCCCACCAAAAGACAAGGCGCAGUGGUUUCAAGGCCAGGUCCCACUGGCUGCAUCGGACAAAUAUAACAUCAAGCAAGAUGCUACGAGGGCUCAACUCACCAUUCAUAUGCUGACUGAAGAGGACAGUGGCGAGUACUGCUGUCAGUCCGGACCUGCUACGACGAAAGGCAAUCUACUAGUUGAAGUGCGGGACAUUAAAUUCACCAAGCAUCUGGCCGACACAGAGGUGGAUGAAGACAGCGACGCAGUGUUCACGUGCGAGGUCAACUAUGGCGACGAGGAGGCCCAGUGGCUGCUGAAUGACAAAGCGCUCUUCACCAAUGAAGUCAACACCAUAACCCAUGAAGGCAAAGUUCAUACGCUCAUGCUUAAGAACCUGGCACCUCAGGACGGGGGGACUAUUACCGUUCAUGUCCGCAAGGUGAAGGAGUCUGUCAGGCUCAAGGUUAAAGAAAAGCCUGCCCUGUUCCUCAAGUCUCUGGAUGAUAUUGUCGGUGAGGAGAAAGACUCCAUCACUCUGGCUUGUGAGGCAUCCAAGCCCAGGGUCUUUCCCACAUGGAGGAAAGAAGGCAACCCGUUGAAGGCUGGACCAAAAUAUGAGUUCCUUCACACAGGCAUGUCUUUGGGGCUGAUCAUCAAGGACGUGACCAAAGACGACGCUGGGGAGUACACUUGCGAUCUCGGAACUGAGGUGUCCAAAGCAAAGGUCACUGUAAGAGAAAUUGGCAUCGGUAUCACAAAAUGGCUGAAGGCGGCCGUGGUGAACGAGGGAGAGACGUGCGGCUUCGAGUGCAUCUUGUCCCGUGAGAGCACUGACGAGUGCACCUGGACUCGCAAUGGACGAACCGUUACCAGCGGAGGUCGCUUUCAAGUUAACAGCAAGGGACGAAAAUACAUGCUGACCAUCAAGGACGUCACCCCUGCUGACGCCGGAGACGUGGUCUUCAGCAUUCAAGAGCUGACCUCCAAAGCAACCCUGACUGUUGAAGGAAAAGCUUCAUCGCUGUCAAGGGAGCUGGAGAAUGUUAGUGUGGUUCGAGGUGAAGAUGCCGCUUUCACCUGCGAGGUGACACAAUUGACCUCCUUGGUCAAAUGGGCAAAAGAGGGCAAAGCCAUAAGGAAGAGCCAGAAGUAUGACAUCGUCAGAGAAGAGAGGGUCACGAAGCUGGUCAUCUACGACGUCUCCGUUAAAGACUCGGGAGAGUACAGUUGUGAGGUUGUCGGAGGGGCAACUACAAAGGCCAGGCUUGAGGUUAAAGAGCCGACCCAUCAAUUCACCAAAGAACUCGAGGACAUCAAAGCAGAUGAGAAGACGCGUGUGACGCUGCAGUGCGAGACGGCCCAAAGCCCGUCCGUGGUCACGUGGCUCAAAGGGCGCACCGAGCUCAAGGCCGCCGGUCGAUACGAGAUGAGCCAGAAGGAGUGCGUCUUAUCUCUCACCGUCACACAGCUCCAGGAAGAUGACACCGACAUCUACACUUGUGACGUUGGCACUGCCAAGAGCAUGGCCAAGGUGACCGUUAAAGCCCUGCCUGUCACUUUCAAAGAAAAUCUCAAGAAUCAGGAUGUAAAGGAAGGGGAGACCGCGACGCUUCGCUGUGAGCUGUCGAAGCCCGCAGCCAACGUUCAGUGGAGGAAGUACUCUGAAAUUCUCACCGCUGGAGGGACGUACGAAAUAAAGCAGAAGGAGGCUUCUUGUGAGCUUCGCAUUAAGAAUGUCAAGACAGACCAUAGUGGGGAGUACUCAUGCCUAUGUGGGGACGAGAAGACAUCGGCAACAGUAAAAGUGAAUGCAUUACCACCAUCCUUCACAGUGAAGCUGCAGAGUCAGGAGGCCGACGAAAGAGCCGGGGUUACUCUACGUUGUGAGACCUCUAAACCUUUAGUACCUGUGGAGUGGAAAAAGGGAGCGCGGCUGCUGUCAUGUGGAGAAAAGUACCAGAUGAAGCAGCAGGCGUGUGUCAAUGAGCUCCUCAUCAGCCAAGCGGAGCCCGAAGACAGUGGAGAGUACAGCUGUGUGUGUGGGGAACACACAACCGUAGCCUGUGUCAAGAUCAAGGCAUUACCAGUGACCUUCACAAAGAAGCUGCAGUGUCAGGAGGCCGAGGAGGGAUCCGGAAUUACACUACGCUGUGAGACAUCGAAAGCUGAAGUCCCAUUAGAGUGGAAGAAGGGAAGACAGGUGUUGAAGUCUGGAGCAAAGUACCAAAUGAAGCAGCAGGGGUGUGUCAAUGAGCUGCACAUCAGCCAAUCGGUGCCAGAAGACAGUGGCGAGUACAGCUGUGUGUGUGAGGAGCACACCACUGCAGCUCGCCUCACCGUUAAAGCGCAACCAGUGACCUUCACAAAGAAACUGCAGACUCAAGAGGCCGAAGAGGGAUCCAGGAUUACACUACGCUGUGAGACAUCAAAACCUGGGGUCUCAGUGGAGUGGAAGACAGAAAGACAAGUACUAAAAUCUGGAGAUAAAUACCAGAUGAAGCAGCAGGAGUGUGUCAAUGAGCUGCACAUCAGCCAAGCCGUGCCAGAAGACAGUGGAGAGUACAUCUGUGUGUGUGGGGAGCACAAUACUGCAGCUCGUCUCACUAUUAAGGCCCAACUGGUGACCUUCACAAAGAAGCUGCAGACUCAAGAGGCCAAAGAAGGAUCCAGUGUUACUUUUCACUGUGAGAUGUCCAAACCUUUAGUUCCAGUGGAGUGGAAGAAGGGAAGACAGGUCCUCAAGUCUGGAGAAAAGUACCAGAUGAAGCAGCAGGCACGCGUAAAUGAACUCCAUAUCAUCCAAGCGGUGCCAGAGGACAGUGGAGAGUACAGUUGUGUUUGUGGGGAGAACAACACUGCAGCUAACCUCACUAUUAUAGCCCAAGCAGUGACCUUCACAAAGAAGCUGCAGAGUCAAGAGGCCGAUGAGGGAUCCAGUGUUACUCUUCGCUGUGAGACGUCUAAACCCGGCGUCCCAGUGGAAUGGAAGAAGGGAAGACAGCUCCUUAAGUCCGGAGAAAUGUACCAGGUGAAGCAGGAGGCGACAGUGAAUGAACUCCUUCUUCAUAAAGCAACAGAAGAAGACAGUGGAGAGUACAGCUGUGUGUGUGGAGACGGCAAAACAACAGCGAGUCUCAAAAUCAAAGCCAGUGAGACUGAAGCAACGUUGGUAGUUGCUAAGGACAAGCAGCAGAAGCAAGAGAUGCGUGAAACAGUGGAAGUUGCAGUGACACUGCAACAGACGACAGAGAUCUCCAAAGAGCAACUUGUGAAACAAGAGACUCGGGAGCUCAGAGUUGAAGCUCAACCAGUGACCUUCACAAAGAAACUGCAAAGUACGGAGGCCGACGAGGGAGCUAUGGUUACACUUGGCUGUGAGACUUCGAAACCUUUAGUCUCGGUGGAGUGGAAGAAGGGAGCGCAGGUCCUGACGUACGGAGAUAAGUACCGGAUAAAGCAGCAGGCGUGUGCCAAUGAACUCCUUAUCACCCAAGUGGUGCCCGAAGACAGCGGAGACUACAGCUGUGUGUGUGGCGAGCAGACAACCACAGCCUCUGUCAAGAUCAAAGGCAUCAAGCCACCAGCUUCCCUCCCUGCAGCUAAAGUGGAAACAAAAAUGCUGGAAAGUAAAGAACAUUUUGAAGUUGUGAAGGCCCCAGCUUCUGUCACUGCUGCUGAGCUGGACUCAAAGACACUGGAAACUAAAGAAACAGUGGAAGCCAAAAGGACUGAAGCUACAUUGGUAGUCGAUAAAGACAAGCAGACGAAGCAGGAGAUACGUGAAACAGUAGAAGUUGUGACUCUGCAACAGACCAGAGAGACCUCUAAGCAGCAACUUGUGGAACAAGAGGCGCGAGAGCUCAGAGUUGAAGCCCAGCCAGUGCUUUUCAAAAGUCAACUGCAGAACCUUGAGAGGCAGGCAGGGGAGAGUGCGGUUCUCCGCUGUGAGACCUCAAAGCCCGGAGCGAGUGUGAUCUGGAGACACGGUGAUAGGGUGCUUGCAUCCAGCAGCAAGUAUCACUUGAAACAGGCAGGGCCGCUCGUAGAACUCGUCAUCCAUAAAUUGCAGGGAGCGGACUCGGGAGAUUACGUCUGUGAUACGGGCAGUCACAAGACGUCAGCCACGCUCACUGUGCAGGAAGUGAAGGUGUCCAUCGUGAAAUUCUUGGAGAGCUGCGUGGUCGGCCAAGGCGAGGACGUCCACUUUGAGUGUCUGGUCUCACACGAGGACGUGGCGACAGCUCAGUGGAAACUCCAGGACAUCCCGCUACGGAAUAAUGAAAUGUAUGUUAUUAAGGCAGAAGGUCCCACACACAGUCUCACACUUCGGGGCGUCACCGAGGCGGACUCGGGCACGGUCGCUUUCUCGGUGGGCGACCACACGUCCACGGCCUCGCUGACGGUCAGAGAACACGUACGCAUCCUGCGGGAACUGCACGACAUUACCGUGCAAAGCGGGCAGGAUGCCGUCUUCGAGGUGGAGUUGUCUCACACCGGUGUGACCCAUGGGCAGUGGUGGCUCGCGGACAACCUCCUCCAGAACAACGAUCUGAACCAAAUGACCAGCGACGGCAGAGUGCAUCGCUUGGCUCUGAAGAUGGUGACCACUGAGGAAUCGGGAGAUGUCGCCUUCGUUGUCGGUGAAGAAAAAAGCGUCGCUUGUCUGCUGGUGGAAGAGAAACCAAAAGUGCUCAUUGUAGAGAAGCCGCAUAACACGGCGGCAUUAGAGGGGGAAACUGUCACCCUGGCUUGCACCAUCUCCGACCCCGACGUGACCGUGAUCUGGAGGAGAAACGACGCGGCCAUCAAAGCAGGUCUCAAGUACGACCUGAAGCAGCACGGAGCAUUCCAGCAGCUUCGCAUACACGAUGUGCUGCCUGAGGACGCGGGGACGUACACCUGCGAGACCGCAGAUGAUCAGUGUGACACCACCCUAACUGUGAAAGCUGCCCCAGCAUUCUUCAAGAAGGAACUGAAGAACCUGGAAGCCAUCGAGGGCGACGACGUCACCCUCCGCUGUGAGCUCUCCAAGCCGGGAGUCCGCGUGGAGUGGAGGAAAGGUGGCCUGGUUCUUGCGCCUGGUAAGAAGUAUGACAUCUGGGAGGAAGGGCGCAUUCAAGAGCUCUGUAUCCGGAACCUGGCUCCGGACGACAGUGGUUACUACACCUGUGAUGCAGGAGAUCAGCUCACCGCCGCUUCUGUCACAGUGCAAGUGAACGAGGUCUACAUUGUGUGUGGUCUUAAGGCCGUCGACGUUUUUGUUGGGGAACGGGCAACCUUCUCUUGUCAGCUGUCCGGCCAGGCGCCCGGCAAGGUGCAGUGGUGGCUGGACGGCACUUUGGUGAAGAGCGGCUCCUUUAGCGAGAUAGGGCUGAGCGAGGGCAACGUCCACACGCUCACCUUUACGAACCUGGCCACGGAUGACUCGGGCACUGUCGUGUUCCAAGCUGGCAGUUUAACCUCAGCAGCCAAGCUCCUUGUCAAAGAUCCCACAGUCGAAGUGGUGAACGACAUGGAGGACCUUAGGGUGGUCGAGAACCAACCGGCCGAGUUCAUCUGCCAGUUCUCGAGGCCGGUGAAGGCUGAGUGGAAGAAAGACGGGCAGCCAUUGCAGCCUGAUGGCCGCAGGGUGGUAGUGGAUCAGGACUGGACCGUGGCUCGCUUGUACAUUAGCCGCGUGUGUUCCGGCGACAGGGGCGCCUACUCCUGUGAGGCGGAGGGGACCCGUGUGGUUGCUUCGCUUCAUGUGGAAGCCAAAUCCAUGUACAUCGUCCAAGGCCUGGAGAAUGCAGAAACCUUUGACGGAGGAGAAGCUUUGUUCGAAUCUGCCUUGUCUCGCCCGGAGAACAAAGACUGCCAGUGGCUUCUGGAUGGCAAACCGGUGAAGGACUCACGCAAAGCUGAGAUUGUGUCCUUUGAGAGUGGCCGUCGUCACCUGCUCCUCCUCAAAGAGCUGCGCAUUAGUGACAGUUGCACAGUCACCUUCAGAGCAGGCACGGCGUCCACAUCUGCCCAGCUCUCUGUCAAAGGCUGGCAGCUGGGCGUGAAGAGGCAUCUGGAGGACAUGGUGGCCGUGGUCGGAGAGAGGGUGGAGUUUAGUGUGGAGCUGACCGAGCCCGUACCCGUGGCGGAAGUCGUUUGGUACGCCAAUGGAGUGGAGCUCAAACCUGGCGACCUGUGGAUCGCCAGGAACGACGGAUGUCGUUAUCGCCUCAUCCUGAGGCAGGCACCGCUAACGCCCCAGCAGGAAAUCACGUUCGCAGCUCGGGAUGCUCUUUCUCUGGCCAAGCUCUCUAUUAUUACUGUACCUGACCCCCCGGAGGACCCUGAGGUCCUCAGCAAGACCAAACAGUCUGUCACCCUUUCCUGGUUCACUCCCCUACAUGACGGAGGCAGUUCGAUUCUGGGUUACAAAGUGGAGUUGAGGCCGGCAGACAGCAGCCUCUGGCUUCCGUGUCACUCAACUCCCGUGUGCAACACAGAGUUUGUGGUAGAAAAUCUGAUCCAGGCCACCGGCUAUAGGUUUAGAGUGGCGGCCAUCAACAGAGCCGGCACAGGAGAGCCUGUUGAGCUUCCUCAGACUGUGCAGCUGGAAACAGAGGUAAAAGAAGUCGAGUCGGAGCAACUAGGACAGCCCAGUCUUCCUCCAGAGGCUGCUGAAGAAGGAGAUCUACAUGAACUUUGGGAGGCUUCGGCCAAGAAAAGGCGCAUGAGUCGUGAGCCCACUCUAGACUCCAUCACUGAACACUCGGAGGAUGAUAAAGGUGGCCAAAACAAAACAGGGAAGAAGGAGAGCAGUGCUUCAGAGAAUGUAGCGAUGAAGCAGACCGAGUCUAAAUUGUACACCAGCUCUGAGGAGUCCAGUUCUGGCGGUUCUUCACUUGUGUCCUACCUUAAGAAGAACAGCCAGCUUCAGUCUUCAGCUACGGUUGUGACCUCUGACAACCAGACACUAGCCACAGAGCGCUUCUUUAAACACUUCCAGAUGUCUGACCAGACAACGGCUACAGUUCAGCGGACCGAAACAAAACACGUGCCAACACAGGAGACUGACACGCUGGAGAUCAGCAAGGAAGACGAGCCUGAGCUCAGAGAAGCUGCCAUUAAGAUCCAAGCUGCCUUCAAGGGCUACAAGGCACGCAAGGAUAUGUGGCCCAUCUUCAAGGAGGUCUUCAAAGACCAGACCAAAGAGCCAAAUGGCACCAUACAUCUGGAAUGUGUGGCAGAGGGUAAACCCGAUAAGGUGCGUUGGCUGAAGGAUGGAGAACAGCUGUCCGACGGCAAGCACCACCACAUUGACAUCUACAACGAUGGCACAUGUUCCCUGGUCAUCACUGCCAUCACCACAAAGGACACAGGCGUGUACACCUGUGAGGUCGCCAAUAAGUUUGGAGUCAUCGCUCACAGUGGUAAGGUCACCGUGGUAACGGUGAGAGAGUCAUCCGGGCGGCGUCCACUGACAGUUGGCUACAGCGCAGACAGCGAGCCUGACAGCUCGUCAGGGAGCGAGAUGGACGAGUCGCUGAGACAGGCGAGCAGACGUCUCCGCCGGCUGCUGCGUACGCAUCUCCCGCCGGACGUGGAGGAAGAGCCUUUUGUCAGCGCAGACGAAGGAGACCUCCGUCCUCCGGAUCCUCACUCUUACCGUGAGGACGACACCUACAUUUAUAUCCGCUUUGACACGUGGUCAGAGGCAGAGGUGGCAUCAAAGAGGUUCCAGGAGAUGUUUACGAUCCACGGAGUACCCGUGGAGACCACCAUCCUGGAGGCCGGACAUCUCAAAGUAGAGCUGCGUAUUAGGAAGUUGGGAUACACUGAAGAUGGUACGGAAACGCCCACUCAAGAAAAACAACCUCCUGCAUUCCUGUCUGGAGCUCCUGCUGCUCCCGUCUUCUUGACAGAGUUACAAAAUCAGGACGUGCCGGAUGGCUAUCCUGUCAGCUUCGAUUGCGUGGUGAUCGGCAAGCCGUCACCCACUGUCCGCUGGUACAAAGACGGCAAAGUGCUGGAGGAGAAUGACCACUACAUGAUCAAUGAGGACCAGGAGGGCUGCCAUCAGCUCAUAAUCACCGCUGUGUUGCCCACUGACAUGGGCGUUUACCGCUGCACGGCGGAAAACAGCAGCGGUAUUGCGGCCACCAGGGCUGAACUCAGGGUUGACUUGUCUUGCAGCUCCGAUUAUGACACUGCUGCAGACGCCACUGAAACGUCAUCUUACAUCAGUGCCAAGGGCUACUUGUCCAGGGAGACUGAGACCUUUGAGUCUGUGACGGAAGAUGAUCAGUUGCCUCAAGUUGUGGAGGAACUUCACGAUGUUCACGCCAGUCCAGGUUCACCAAUGGCUAAAAUGCAGCUCAGAGUAAAAGGUUUCCCCAAACCAAGAGUGUACUGGUUCAAAGAUGGCCACCCCUUGCGCGCCUCCGAAAGGAUUUCACUGUUAGCGCAGCAAGACGUUCACACUCUGGAGGUCCUGGAGGUGAAGAAAGAGGACAUGGCGGAAUAUUCGGCCUACAUUAGUAACGCGGCUGGUUCUGCUUACUCCUCCGCCCGACUAAUUGUUCGAAACCCAGGGGAGAUCAUACCACAAGAUCUGAAAGACUCCCGGGAGUCAUUGGUGCCACCACGUUUCUUGGAAAAGUUCAGCAACAGAAAAGUGAAACAAGGAGCCAGCAUCACAUUAUCUGUCAAAGUUGAAGGAUCUCCCACUCCAAUGGUCUCCUGGCUAAAGGAGGAGUCAAUGGAGGAGGUGCUGUGGAUCAAGCCUGAUACCAAAGGAUACAAAGUAGCUAGCUCAGGUCGCCAGCAUAGCCUCAUCUUGAUGGAUGUUGGAACAGAGUACACUGGUGCCUACACCUGCAUUGCCACCAAUAAGGCGGGACAGUCCAUCUGUACCGCUCACCUGGAGGUGGAUGACGCUCCACCGCAAAAGAAAGAGACCAAAGCAUCGGAAGUCCUUGGGAUUACUGUCAGUCCACCAGAGGAAGAUGCAAAGAGGGGAAAGGAGAGUCAAAUGUCCUACCUUGGAGAAGUCGGCUCUGAGGAAUUCCUCAUGAAACUCACCUCCCAGAUCACUGAAAUGGUAUCGGCCAAGAUUACACAAGACAGCACACAGAAUCAGGAAGUGCUCCAGUGGAUGAAAUCUUGGCCCAAAACCACCACAUCACUGCGCGUUCCAGGCGCCGACAGUGACGACGAGACCAAGACCCCUUCGGCUUCUCCACAUCACGGACGCUCCCGCCCCCCCUCCCUCGUGGCUGACUCCUCGUCUGAGUCUGAUGAGGGCGAUGCCAGGGGAGAGAUGUUCGACAUCUACGUGGCGACGGCCAACUACGACCCCAUCGUGGCCGGCAAAGAAUCCAUCUCCUUGAAAGAGGGACAGUACGUGGAGGUGCUGGACUCGGCCCACCCGCUUAAGUGGCUCGUCCGGACCAAACCCACCAAGAUGACGCCGUCCCGCCAAGGAUGGGUGUCACCUGCCUACCUGGACAAAAAGCUCAAACUAUCGCCUGACACGGGCGACCUUCCUGAGAUGAGCGCAGAGGAGGUGUCUGAGGGAGAGUACAAGAAGAAGUUAUUCCAGUUGAUCCAGGACAUAAUCGGUGGCGAAUCAGAGUUUGUCAAAGAGAUGGACUUCUUCACGUGUCAUCACCUGAGGCACGCCGACACUCCUGAUGCGCCGACUGACGUCAGCAGCCAGAGGGAGGCCAUCUUUAGGAACAUAAAGGACUUAAAGGACUUCCACAGCAUGGCGUUCCACCCGAAGCUAAAUGACUGUGAGACAGAUGACGACGUAGCCAUGUGCUUCCUGAAGAAUAAGGAAGGCUUUGAGAAGUACCUCCAGUACCUCGUAGGUCAGAGCCAGGCCGAAAGUGCCGUCCGUGAAAAAACAGUGCACCGCUUCUUUAAGGAGUACACGGAGAAGGAGCAAGCCAAAGCAGACCCGGCCGACCCGCCUGUAUGCAGUAUCGACGCCUACCUGCUGCAACCUCUGGACAGGAUUCAGAAGUACAAGGCUUUCCUCAAGGAGCUCAUUCGAAACAAGGCGAGGAAUGGCCAGAACUGCUGCCUGCUGGAAGAAGCUUACGCCAUGGUGUCCGCGUUGCCUCAACGCUCGGAAAAUACCCACCACGUCUCCAUGAUUGUGAAUUACCCUGCGACUCUUGAAGCAUUGGGAGAGCCUCUUAGACAGGGCCCUUUCCAAGUUUGGGAGGGAGCUCCUGGAAUAAGGACGUCCUCUCGAGGUCACCACCGCCACGUCUUCCUCUUUAAGAAUUACUGCGUCAUCUGCAAAUCCAAGAGAGACAGCAACACCGACACGCAAACAUACGUCUUCAAGAACAUGAUGAAGCUGAACAACAUUGACGUGAAUGACACGGUGGAGGGCGACGACCGCGCCUUUGAGAUCUGGCAUGAACGCGAGGAUUCGGUGAGGAAGUACACCUUGCAGGCCCGAACGGUGACCAUCAAGAACUCGUGGCUUAGAGACCUGCGAGAACUUCAGCAGAGACACAGCAUGCCAGCCUGGAGUCCUCCAGACUUUGUGGCAAUUCUAGCAAACUGCACAGCCGAGCUUGGGCAGACAGUUAAACUGGCGUGCAAAGCCACAGGAGUCCCCACACCUGCCAUCACCUGGUACAAGGACGGACGUAUAGUGGAGGCAGACCCUCAUCACAUCAUCAUCGAGGACCCCGACGGCUCCUGCACGCUCAUCCUGGAUAACAUGACGGCAGAGGAUUCGGGCCAGUACAUGUGCUUUGCUACAAGCUCAGCCGGCAACGCCAGCACGCUGGGCAAGAUCACUGUACAAGUGCCUCCAAGAUUUGUGAACAAAAUGAGGAAUGCUAUAUGUAUCGCCGGUGAAGAUGCUCAGUUCACCUGCGUCAUCCAGAGCGCCCCGAGUCCUAAAAUCAGAUGGUUCAAGGACGGACGGCUGCUGAGCGACCAGGAAAAGUACCAGAGCUACAGUGAGCUCCGGAGUGGGGUUUUGGUCUUGGUGAUCAAAAACGUGACAGAUCGAGACCUAGGACACUACGAGUGUGAGUUGUCCAACCGUCUUGGCAGUGCCAGGUGUGCUGCUGACGUAGUUCCUCCGUCCGCUGUUGGCACUGGUGAGCAGGCCGUAGUUAUCGAAGUUACCGAGCAGGAGACAAAAAUACCAAAGAAAACCAUCAUCAUUGAGGAGACAAUCACCACAGUGGUGAAGAACCCGCGAAUGAGGAGGCACAAGUCACCUGGCGUGACCAUCACUGGAGCCCACCGCUCAGAGAUGACCGCCUCGGAGACCUCCACCACCAGGAGCAGGAGGAUGGCCGCUCCCAGGAAAAGCACAGUGCCAACCUUCUAUGUCACGGAGGCCGAAGGUGCCGGUGUCUCAGCGAGCAAGCCCAGUUGGGUCGAGGUGGAGGAAGUGAUCGAGUACAAGGUCAAUAAGUCUCCCAGGCUGUCUAGGAGGAGGGGUGUGUCGCCCGCCAUCUCGGACCGCUCGACUGCUCCUGCAAGACCCAAAAGAUCGCCCCCGGAGAACCCGAAUGCAAAUAAUUCCAACAACAAUCUGGUGGAGCUGGGUGGCAGCGCCAGCGGCCAGACACUCCCCUGGGAGGAAGAGGAGCCACCCUCUGGUUCAGGAGAUCCCCAUGAGCUCUCAUCUGUUCUUACCACAGGUGGGGAGCCCUAUGAAGACCUGGAAGAUCAGCCAAUUGUCGUCUUUGAACCUAGUGACGAUGAUGACGAAGACCUUUGGAGAAAGCAGGACGCAAAGAUGCUAACACGUGGAGGUCGUGUUCUUGCACUGGAAGACUUGGAGGAUUACGUCCCAGAGGAAGGAGAAUCUUACAGAUCAAGCAGCUACAGUCCUGCUGAGAAGCCUUGUGAGAUCUCUGUGCUCCAGAGGGAGGUCGGCGGCUCCACCGUGGGACAACCAGUGCUCCUCAACCUGGGACGCCCCGUCGUGUUCCCGAGGCAGAGGAGCGGAUUCUUCGCUCGCCUCCGAGAGCAUCUCUCCGACGGUCUAUUCUCAUCUAAUGCGCCGCAAACGAGCGGUAGCCAAUCUGAAAGGCGUGUCCCCAUUCAAGUGAGCCUCGCAAAGCUGGAGGUGAAGCCUUCUUACUGCUCUGAGGUGCAGAGGGUGGAAGGAGGGCAGCGGAGCUUUAAAACCAAAAUAUCAACUCAGACGUACAGCUAUACCUCCGUGGGAAACCCGGUUACCCUUCGAAUUAGUGACGAUCAGCAGCAUUGAAUUCUGUUCACCGCAAAUCCUCCUUAGUCUUAAACUGCAUCGGUUCACGUCCUAUCCUAACUUUUAACGAACCAUUCCAUAUGACAAAAUAUUUGUUCCUGUCACAUGGUAUCACGUGUUCAUGCGAUCCAAACUGAGAGUUUGGUCAUCUUCGAUUUAGUCAAACCAAAUUGUGGACCAGAAACCUUUUUGUUUCUGUAACUUGACACCAAAAAAAUGGAUCACUAGACUCAAGUGGAGUGAUAAUUAACAUCGCAAAUUCUUUCAAUUGCUAAUCUGAUGUGUCUUGAAGCACCUACGGCGUUAGAGAGCACACUACAUCCAAGUUAUGUUACCUCUUCCGUGCAAAAUUGUUCCGCUUAAAACAACACGGGCACUGCAGGAGUUCAGAACAUUCAGAAAGAUGCCAUCCCAUAAAAAUCAAACACUGGAUUGUAAAAAAAAAAAAAUGGAAUUACGAUCCAUUUAUCUGUCUUUUUUUUUAUAUACCGCUUUCCUGUUCUGGGCAAGCUGUAGCCUAUGCCAGCUGACACUGGCAAAAGGCAGAAAACGGUCACAGGCGACAGAUCGCAAAUUCACAACAUCACUGAGCGAGUCAACGGCUUAAAAGUAAAAAGAAAACCUUGAUACAGAAACACAGAAUUUUAGUUGAUGAAGCAUUAUGCAUUUACACGUAAAUUAUAGGUAGCAUUUAUGUAUGAAUUAGGUAUGUAUUGCUUGUGUUGAUUUAAAAAGUUGGUGAAUCUUUUUUGAGACAACCAGGUAUUUAAUUGAAUUCAAUCAUUUGUGUAUCAUGUUGCUCCCAUGAAUAGUGCAAUGACUGUCUUGAGUCUGUUCAUGCAGCGCAAUAACGUGAGCUCCCAGGGUCGUGUUCAGUUCAUUUAGAUGAUUCACUGCAUUUUUUUGCUUUUCCAAAGCACUGCUGAGUUUUUAAAUUUAAAUUGAUUGAAGUCCUCAAUUAAAAAAUGUAGGGUGUUGUAUAGUUCGGUGUCAUAACACUCUAAAUAGAUUGUAGUUGCUUGUACUAUAAAUGUCUUUUUGAAGGAAAAAAACAUGUUUGUCUUUCAAAUCUGAAUAUUAAAAAAAACUUUUGUUUCCAUGUUUGUAAAAGA